CCGACGCUGUUUUUCCUUCAUUCCAGACGCUGACGUGCGACGAUGCUUGUGCAGGGCGAGGAUCACGCCUGGCUUCAUCGGUGGCUCGCACAGGACGCGGUGGCGGAAACGGCCGUGCAGCUUGCGGCAAGGUGCGCCGCGAGAGGCACGGCCUGCUCGCUGCAGGUGCCCUUCCGCGCCUUGCCGGCGGCCUGCCAGCUGCUGCCGCCUCCUCAACUCCCGCCACCGCCAGCCCUGCUGACGCCAGUCACGGAACUGCAACUGGCAAUGAUGAUGGGGGGAGGCAAACCGGUGGCGGCGGGGUCCGCCGGCCCAGCGGCAGCCGCCGCAUCCAGCGUUGAGGUGGCGGCGGCAGUGACGGGCUCGAGCUCAGCGGCUGUGCCGGGCAGCGCCGGUGGACGUGCGGACACGUCCCGACAAGGCAGUAGCAGCACCAGCAGCAGCUGCAUCACAUGUACAGUAAUGCUAGAGGUGCGGGCAUGCUUGUUCGCGGUGACGAGCGAGCCGCGUGGCGGCGGGGACGGCGGGGGGCGUCACAGCAGCAGCGCCAAGGCGUCCGCCACCGCCACCGCUUUAGCAUCAGGCGCCACGGCGGCGACCGUCAGGCCGGCAGUGCUCCUCACGCUGGCGGUACGACAUCCGGACCGGCGGCUGGGUGACGGCGGCGGCAGUACUGCCGACACGGCGGCGGCGGGUACUGGCGGCGGCCGUGGCGGCGGCGGCGGCGGCAAGUUUCUGCUGGCCAAUGGUGGCGGCAGCAGUGCCGUCAAUACCACCAGCAGAAGCGCCGCACCGCUGCUAUCACAGCAGUCGGGGCGCUCACUCUCCCUGACGACACUGGCCCCAUCACGGCUCUCGCUGCGUCAUGGCGGCGGCGGCGGCGGCUCCGCCGGCGCCACCGCCGCCGAGAUGCACCUGCAGCAGCUACAGCUGGCGCGGGCGCUGCGCGCCGCCAGCGGCAGUAGCCUGGGCCUGCUGCAACAGCCGUUGCAACAGCAACAGCAGCAGCAGGCAAUGCUGGCGGGUGCCGCUGGCGGCGGGCGCGUUGGCAGCAGGAGCUUCUGCAUUCGCGCUGGCGAAGCCGCCGCCGCAGCCACCGCCACUGCCCAUCACGAUGCUCUCAGCACACUUGGUGCGCAUAAAGACGAAGGCGUUGGCUGCGGUGGCGGCGGCGGUGGCGGCGGUGGCGGCGACGCGUUGCUGCCGACGACGGUGCUGACGGCAAUCGGCAGCGUGCCGUGCUGCGUGACCAUGCUCAACUUCCCGGGCUGUGUCCUGUUCCAGAACGCCCGCAGUGUUGCCUUUUUUGGUGACCUCGUGGGACGGCCCUUGGGCGGCCAACUGCUGGCGAGGCUGUUGGGCGGCGCCGCCGCAGCCGCAACCGGCGGCGCCGCCGCAGCCGUCGCAGCUGCCGUACAGAUCAAUGCCGCAGCGGCGGCCGCGGCUGUUGUCUCUGAGGGAGCUGGCGGCGGCGCUGGUGUUGCUGAUGAAGAAGCGGCAAGCCGCCAGCUGCCGCCACCUCCUCAGCAGCCACAGCAGCCGCAACCUACGGAGCCUGGCGAAGAGCUGCUGGCACGCGCGCUCGCGGCAAUUGAGAAGGGCAUGGAGUUUGAGACUGUGGUGCGUCUGGCCAUGCCUGGCGUUGGCGACGGCGUCAGCCGCACCUAUCCGCUCUCUGCUGGAGACGCCUCGGCGGCGGCAGCCGCGCACAAGCUGUCAGUCACACCGGCAGCGGUGGCGGCAGCGCCGGUUUCCGUUGAGGCCGGCGCUGCCUCCGGUCCUGUGGCAUUGCGCUCGCCGCUCUUUCAUUUCCAGCUACAGCAGCCACAACAACCACUGGCUGCCGCACACUCAGCAGCAGUUCCCACACUUACCGGCAGCGUGCAGAGCGGCGGCAGCGCAGUCGGCGCGGCGCGCUGCCAGAGUCAGCAAUUUGUCGAAGGGACCAGUGAUGAUGUUGGAAUAGAAUUCAGCGCUGUCAACGGCACCUCGGGCACGGCGAUUGUGACGCGAAUGACGCCAGUGCACUUGGCACAAGUGGCGGAGCCGCCGGCGCGCGGCGGCGGUGAUGGCCGCAGCGGCGGGCUGUGCUGGACGCCACUCGACACGGCGGACGAUGAGGAAUCUAGCAUCCUAGACAGCUUGGCGAGAUUCGGAUCCGGCGCGCUGCUGCCGCCCCAUGCGUACUACGCCAGCAACGCAGAAUCCACGAUCCGGAACCCGUACGCGCCCGAUGCGAUGGAGCGAGUGUUGCUGGAGGCGCUGGCGUCAGCUGACGCCGGCGGCGGCGGCGGCAGAGGCGGCGGCCUGCGCCGCGGCCGCCGGCGCCAGCAGCAGUACCAUUUGCACGCCGGCCCCGCAGCUCUGGGCGCCGCACGGACAUCUGCUACCAACACCGACAGCAGCGCGGGCGGCGCUGCUUCGCGGCGAACGACGGGCGCCAGCAGCGCUGCCACGACCGCCACAGCCGCUGCCACGCCAGCAGUGCCUGCUGCCACAACGAAGCCGCAGCUGGCCGAGGGCGGGCACGGCAGUGACACGGUGUUUGGAGUCGCUGGCGGCGGCGGCGGCGGCGGCGGCAAAGCACUCGAAGCGGUGGCGGCGGCAGACGAUGGCGCCGCCGGCCUUCUGAUGUCCUCCGCGCAUGUCUUGGACUUUGCGGUUGCUUACGGCAGGAGUCAGGAGUUGCAGGCCGCGGAGAGCUUUGGCUGUGGCGUUAGUGGCGACCCAAGCAGCGGGUUGCAGACGGCUUUGUUCACCGCUACCGCCACCGGCGCCGCGACUGCUGGCGGCGGCGAGCCGCCUCCGGUGCGACGCAGCCUCAGCCUGAGCGCCCGGCCACGUGGCACACCGGGGCUGCUGAUGGCUCCGCCGCAGCAUAUGCCGGGAAAUGCCGCCGCCACAGCUGCUACUGCCGCCGCCGCCGCCGCUGCAGCUGCUACUGCCGCUGCUAGCGUGCCGUUCGCGGCGCUGGUUGCUAUGGCGCCGUCCGUGGUUGCCGCGUCACCCGAGCGCAGCCGUCUGUCACUCAGCAGCCACUCGCGUGGCGCAAUCGCAAGUAGUGGCGGCCUGCCCGGCCCGGCGGGAGUUGCAACAGCUGGCACUGCAGGCACUGCAGGCACAGCAGGCACUGCAGGCACAGCAGGCACUGCAGGCACUGCAGGCACAGCAGGCACUGCAGGCAUUGCAGGCACUGCAGGCACAGCAGGCACUGCAGGCAUUGCAGGCACUGCAGGCACUGCUGCGGGCGCCUCCACGGGCGCCUCCCCAUCAGCAGCAGGCAGGACGGCGGCUUGGGGCGCGACCUCCUAUUCACUGCUGCGCCAGACGACGCUCAUGCGUCAGAGCAGUGCCUUGCCAUCACCAACCGCGGGCACAGGCGCAAGCGCGGGCGCGGGAGCGGCAGCGGGCACAGGCGCAGUCGCAGUCGCAGUCGCGGGCACAGGCGCGCGCGCGAGCGCGGGAGCGGGAGUGGGAGCGGGUGUGGGUGCGGGUGUGGGAGCGGGCGGGCUGGUGUGUGAUGAAAGCCGAGAGCUGCUCUUGGGCCGCAGCCCGAGCGCUACUGCAAUGGGAAAGGGCGCACAUCAGCUGCAGCUGCCGCUGCCGCCGUUCCCGCCGCCUUCCCUCGCAGCUAGCAAUGCAACAGACGGCGUGGCGCAGAGCCCGCAGAGCGGCGAUGGCUUGAGCGCGGUUCUCUUUCGAACCUUCGACUCAACUUCCCUGGAUGCGAUGUCAGUGGCGGCGGCGCCCGCCACGGCCACGACGGACGCCGCCGCAGCCAGAUCCAGAAGCGGCCGGCUGACGUCACUGGUGGCCCCGUGCGUCGUCACGCCGCAGCAGGAGGUGCUCUUGCGGCAGGGCGCGGGCGGAGCUUGCAGCGGCGGUGAAGGAGCUAGCGGUGGAGCUGGCAGCGGUAGAUGUGACGGUGCCGCCGGCUUUGUGCCGUCCAGCCCCGCCGGUGCCGGCUCGCUGGCGGGGGCGUCGGUGGCCAGCGGCAGCGGAGGAGGUGGCGGUGACACCAUGUCUCGCAUUGUGGCGGCGGCGGCGGAGGCUUUAAGCAAGAGCAGGCGCCGCAUGCCGAAGCGCGCCGCUAGCACUCUUCACGGCGCGAGGCAGCCGCAUGCGCCGGCGCUGGUGGCGGCGGCGGUGGUGCGGACUGCAGACUCGCCUAAAGCUCCGGCGGCGUCGACUGGAGGCGACGCAGGCGGCGGCGGCGGCGGCGGCGGCGCCGGCGCCGGCGGCGGCGGCGCCGGCAACCGCGGCAUGAAGCCAUCGGUGCCACCCCUGAGCGGCGGCGCGCCGGUGCGAGGUAUGUUGCCGGACGACGUCUCUCGCAGCCCAACAAGCACGGUAGCAGGUGCUGUCAGCAGCGGGGUGAGUGGCGGUGCCGGCAGUGCGGCGGAGGCAAUGGUACUGCAGCAAUUGCGUGCGAGGGCAGGAGCGGCGGCGCCGGGGUCGCCUGCGGGCGCGAUGGUUGCCUCCCCCUGCUCCAGUCAUAGCUUCCGGCAGCGCGCGAACUCUGAAUUGUUCGUGAUCGAUGAACAACAUGCGCACGCUCCAGCAGCCACUACGGCAGCAGCGCACGGCGGCAGGGCUUUCCCUCGCGAAGACAAUAGUGCGGCGGCGGCUUCCGCCGCCGCCAGUGGCGGCAUCACAGCCGCCACCACAGCAGCAGCGGUCAGCGGCUCGAGCGUCUACUGCGCUACGGCUAGUGCUAAUGCGAAUGCUAGUGCUAGCGCAUGCGUAAGCGGGGCUGGAGCGCUGCCGCUGCCGAGCGGUGUCGUGGCGGGCUUUGGAAUUGCAAGCAGCUGCAGUGGCGGCAUGGCGGCAGAAGCGACAGCGUCGGCGGAUCCUCAAAGCGUGGGCCUCUUGUCAACUGUACAGAAGCCGCAAUCGCCUAUGGUGGCACGGCUGCAUGCAGCAGGCUUGCAGGCGCAUGGCCGCAUUGCUCCGCCGCCACCGGCUGCUGCUGCAGCCUCAACGGCAACGGCGGGCAGUGCUGAUGUAUCGGGCGUCCGCAGCAGCCGCGCGGAGGCGACGGCGUCGCCUGCGCCGGCGUCUCCCAACGGCUCCGUUCUGCUGGCUUGUGCUGACGCCGACGUCGAGGGCGGCGGGCAGCGCCGCAGCCGUAGUUUCAUCGGCUGGCACGCCGCCGGAGCCGACGUCAAGGCAACGGCUGUAGCAUUACCCUGCCGGUCGAGCGGCUUCGAGCGCGUGGGCAUAGCUGCUACUGCCGGACACCCCGCCUUUGCCGGUGGAGCAGCGGCUGGGGCUGGAGCAGCCGGGGACUCUGGCAGCCUUGCCGCUGCGACGGCGAGGGCCCACAGCGCGUCUCGUGCUGUCACUCACAGCGGCUCAGGUGGCGUUGGCGGCAGCAGCCCGCUUGGCGGCGAGGGCGGCCCCGGCCGCAGCCGUCAACGCAGCGAAGCUCAUGCCUCGCUGUACACGACGAGCGUCGGCCUGGUCGCAACGCCAUCUCGCACUGCUUUGCUGCGACGACACGCGAGCAGCCAAGGACCUGUCAGCAUCGCUGUGGCGGCCACCGGUGGUGAGGGCGGCAGGCUGGGCGGAAGCGGUGUCGCUGACCUUGCUUUUGGCGCCACUGCCGCGCCGCUGCCAGCCCGCCCCGUCUACCAUAAGAUCCACAUUGCGGUGUGCCCCGCGCCCGCCGCCGCCGCCACUGGCUUGGUCGGAGACGCGGCGGCAGGGCCGGCGGCGGCGCCUGGCGGCGGCGGCCGGCAGCCGGUGACCCUGACGCUGACCCAGAUCGACGUGACGGAGCAGGUGGAGGCGCAGGACCGCCUUGGCAGGCUGCUGGAGCAGGAGCACAAGGUUCUGGAGAGCAUCUUCCCGCGUCACGUGAUCGAGUACCUGGCGCUGAACAGUGCAGCGCAGGCGUCAGGGCUCGGCGGCGCCCGGCCUGGCGCGGGCAGCCUGUUCCAGUGCCCGGCCGCACGCGCGUGCAAGCUGGCGUCACUCGCGACCUGGCACCCCGGCGUCACCAUCAUGUUUACGGACAUUGUCGGCUUCACGAACAUGUGCCACGAGUGUCAGCCGCUUGAAGUGAUGGCAUUCUUGAAUGACCUCUACAGCCGGUUCGACGGCCUGGUGGACAUCUACAAGGUGUACAAGGUGGAGACCAUUGGCGACUGCUACAUGGUGGCGGGCGGGCUGGUGGCGCACGAUGACGAUGGGUACAAGUCGGUCAUCAGUGGAAAGGAGGACGCGCUGCACGCAGUGCGCGUCAUGGAGUUUGCCAAGGCCAUGCUGCGCGCGGCACGCGAGGUGCGCAUGCCGCACAACGGCGAGCCGGUGCGGCUGCGCGUGGGGCUGCACAGCGGCCCCGUCACCAGCGGCGUCGUGGGCGACCGAAUGCCGCGCUUCUGCCUCUUCGGCGACACGGUGAACGUGGCGAGCCGCAUGGAGAGCACGUGCCGGCCCGGCCACAUCCAUGUCAGCGCGGCCACACAGGCGCGGCUGCCCAACGAGCCGUGGCGUGACCUGGGCCUGACGGCGGUCAAGGGCAAAGGCCAGAUGCGCACAUUCGAGUGGGAUGCCGACGCGGACGAGCAUCUGGAUGGGCAGCAGCUGCAGCGCGUGCUGGGGCUGUACCUGUAGCGGGCGCAUCAAGCCAACACCGACAUGCAUUGGAGAUACACGAAGCAAAUUGCGCAUGCAUAAGCAUUUGGUAGGCCAAGUCCAACGUGGUUGACGCCAACGGACACAGCAUGACGUGCUAAUCAACAUCUGCAUUGCUCGAAUGCCUGCAACCCUGGGACUUUAGGACAACUAGACACAUGGUACUGUGUGUACCUGUGUGCCACAGUGAUUUUUACUGUUCGUACGGCCAUUACUCACCGCCUCCGCGUGCACUUGUCAAGUGCACGUGGGGUUGGAACCAACCACGGAAUCACGCAAUGCUGUGAGGAGAUGGCAGGACAGGUCUGUAUGGUGUCGUAAUUGUCUGCAGCCGCGGGGUGUGAAACGUUCAUGAUUCAUCUGUCUUUCCUUUCAUUUCUUGUCAAUCUUGUCGCGACCUGUGGGGUUACUGUGUGAUUCAAUGGCCGGGUUGCUGAGAGCGUGCCAUUUCAGGUUCGAAGCGCACUUCGGUGCACUCCUAAUCAAGCAGGCCUGAUGAUCCAGGGUGUUCAUAGGGCUUCCUCCAAUGAUGCUCAUGCAUGAUUUCGCGAUGGUGAGGAGAAUGGGGUACGCCUGUGAGACCGUGACAACAAUGCGCGUGCAAUUUGACAAAGCAAUCUAGUGCGAUGCGGUGUGCGCAGAGUGAUCGCAUGUGAGCAGAGCUCGGGGGCCGAACAUACGGCAUUGCUUGGGACGGGUACCGAUGCCACACCACCUAGCGCUACAGGGUGCAAUUAUAGGUUAGGUAAUCCCCUGGCGUCAGGAAAGGAACGUUGGCAAUAAAGGGUGUGCCCCCAUGCGGGUUGCAAGGAGGACAUGCGGACAGCUGUGUUGGACAUGCGCAUCGUCGAUAACUGGACAUGCCACAAUGCAAGGUUUGCAGUCGAACGUGUUUGGGAGGGGUUGAUUUGUGCUCGGGACUCAGCAGCGCUGUCCUCAAGUUACGGAUGUUACGGAGAGGUAUGUCAUUGGCAAAGCGAUGCUGGACUGCCGGCGGUGCGCCGGUGCAGUCUCUGGCUUGAUGCACUGUGAUUGGCGCACAGAUAGGGUAGGGGGCUAGGGGCUGGUCACGGUCAGCCGUCUGAACAAGUGCGGCCCGCGCAUAUAAUGGCCGACUGCGAACUUCCGCGCCGCCAUGUUAUUUUGUGGUUGUUGGUUGCAAGGAGGUGUGCACGAGCAUGCGUGCUAUCCUGUUAUUGUAAGACAAUGAAUUU